GACUAGAGCCAGAGGUGGAAUGGAUGGGCUGAAAUUGAAGUUCAAGAGAAGGGGUGGAGGAAAAUUCUUCCAGUGAUGAAGCAUUGUUCUUAGUCUCUUAGGACAACCUCCAUCAUGCAUGUCCGCAUGCUUCCCUUUGAAGCUGCUGAUAAGAGGACAGACAACUGAAUAGGAGGUAUGAAUGUGUAGGUGCCUCCUAGUAAUUGUUCCAUCCCUGCUGCUUUAACCUAAAGUAGGUUCAAGACCCUGGUCCAGCCUUAAAAUGCAAUUUGUAUGAAUCUAUAAGCAGCAGGGUCUGGAAGAUACUGCCUGCUUAUGACAGUUCCUCAGAGUGGCUGGGCAGUGUUGGCGCACGCCUUUAAUCCCAGCACUUGGGAGACAGAGGCAGGCGGAUUUCAGAGUUUGAGGCCAGCCUGGUCUACAGAGUGAGCUCCAGGACAGCCACUAUACAGAGAAACCCUGUCUCGAAGAAAAAAAAACCAAACAAAAACAAACAGUUCCUCAGAGUGUUAGAAAUAUUAUUAUCCAGCUGUAGGAAGGAAGAUUCUGUUGAAGCCAGCCAGGGGGCUAAGAACAGGAGUGAACAAAAAAUUCUCAUUUUGGGCAAGCUUAUGUAAAAGACUCUGAAUGCAAAAUUCAAGGGUAAUAAACAGAUCAGAUGGUCCUUAGAACUAGCUAAGGUACCAGCAUAGUGUCCAGCUAUAUCUCGCCGUUCUUCCUCCACUCCGCUAGGUGGCAGUGCGAACACCUACCGCUCUCCCGAUAGGCUCUGCGCGGGCGCGCAUCUUUAAGCGAACGGAAGAGCCGGCGCGCAAGGCAGCCCAGCAGGCGGAAGUAGCUCGUACGCCGGUAUCCGCCAUGCCGGGAGACCAUCGCCGCAUCCGCGGGCCGGAGGAGUCCCAAUCGCCACAGCUGUACGCGGCCGAAGAAGACGAGACGCCUGCUGCUCGCGACCCGACGCGGCUCCGACCGGUGUACGCGCGCGCGGGCCUGCUGAGCCAGGCCAAGGGCUCCGCCUACCUGGAGGCGGGAGGCACCAAGGUGCUGUGCGCCGUGUCGGGUCCGCGGCAGGCUGAAGGCGGCGAGCGCGGCGGCGGCCCUGCGGGAGCAGGCGGUGAGGCCCCGGCUGCCCUCCGUGGCCGCCUGCUCUGCGAUUUCCGCCGCGCGCCCUUCUCCGGUCGCCGGCGUCGCGCGCCCCAGGGCAGCGGUGAGGACCGCGAGCUGGGUCUGGCUCUGCAAGAGGCGCUGGAGCCCGCGGUGCGCCUGGGGCGCUACCCUCGUGCUCAACUCGAGGUAUCGGCGCUGCUGCUGGAGGAUGGCGGCUCUGCGCUGGCUGCGGCGCUCACCGCUGCUGCGCUCGCCCUGGCCGACGCGGGAGUGGAGAUGUAUGACCUGGUAGUGGGCUGCGGUUUGAGCCUCACACCGGGGCCCUCCCCGACUUGGCUGCUGGACCCCACGCGGCUGGAGGAGGAGCAUUCUGCGGCCGGCCUCACGGUGGCGCUCAUGCCUGUGCUCAAUCAGGUGGCCGGGUUACUGGGCAGUGGGGAAGGCGGUCAGACUGAGAGUUGGACCGAGGCGGUGCGCCUGGGCCUGGAAGGCUGCCAGCGCCUCUACCCGGUGCUGCAGCAGUGCUUGGUGCGGGCUGCCCGCCGGAGGGGUGCCGCCGCCCCGCCCUGAUUGGAAAAACCUGAGCGACGAGGAUGCGGAGGACUGCUAUCGCCAUUCUUUACAAAAGGACCAGAGCUGAUGGUCGCCUGACUCCGCCGAGCUGAGAAACGAGAGUGGAGGAGUGGUGCGCACUGACCGAAGCACUGCUGCGUUAGAAAGGCUUAAAAGAUCGUUGGAAACACGAUCCGGUUGGAGAAAUUUGAAAGCAGCCAUAGUCCUAAGUUGGAAAGGACUUGGGCUGGAUUUACCUAGUAAAUGAGACCUGGAGCUAUGGUCUUGUAAGGGAAGGACCUUGUGCAGGCCAGCCGUCGGCUCCAGUAUAUAAUAAACUGAUUCUUUUGAGAGGAUGGACAAGGGGACUUUGCCUUCUCAGUACUUGAAGUAAAACAUUAAAAACGUUUUUUAUGCAUGGAAA